AUUUUUUAUACUAAUGCAAUUUAUUUUCUGUUAGUAUCGACCAUAUAUAAUAUAAAAACCAGCAGUCAGAGACUCGCUGUCAAACAACCUUUUAUUUUAACAUUAUCACAAUUUUAUUAUCACAUUUUAACUAUAUUGUUGUUUUAUUCAAUCCAGACAACGUAUAUAUUCUUACUCAUGAAGUUUACCAUUUUUACAUUUGCAUUUGCCCUCGCAGGAGCUGCAUUGGUUACGGCCGCCGAAGAUAUCCAUAAGCCAUCCACUCGCAACGAUAUCCUGUACAUUCCUAUAAGCACACCUGUAGCAACCAAGACCACGUUAAACCGCCGCGAUGAGCCUCAGAUUACCUCAACAAGCAAUCAGAAUAUCAAACAGAACCAAAACGAAAUUGGACCUCUUGGUUUGGGUGAUGAAUUCCAUAGUUGGAGCCACGAUGGCAACAAAAGUGGUGGAGGACACCGGAAAUCGCACAGUGGUGAAGGACACCGGAAAUCGCACAGCGGUAAACGCUCCCGCCCAUCUGAUUGGUCUUCUCGUCAUCCAAAUGGCGGCCAUAAAAAGUCCAGGGAUGGAAACAACGAUAGUAUUGAAAAUAUGGACGAUAAUGAGGAACUCGGUGAGGGACUCAAUGAGUAAUUUGAUCCAGUGGACGGUGAACACAAUCUUGUUAUUGAUUAUAAUGCUCAAUAACAAGAUGGUAAUUUGUUGUUAGUAGUUGUGGUGCCCAAGCCAUAUUCUGGAUUUCUCUUCCCAUCUUUAAGUAUCAAUAUCGCCAAUAAUUUUAUUAUUGGUGUAAUAUUUCUUUCUGAUAUUGUUGGUGUUGCGCAGACUGAAGAUAUGGAAGUGGAUGUCGAGGUCGAGAAUCGCGAAACAGGUUUCCACCUGCGUGCCGAUUGAUAGGACGCUAAUUGGAUCAUGCAGGCGUAAAUUAGGGAGGCAUUGCAUUGAUGCCCAAACAUGCUCUCCAUUUUGCAAUGCACACGCAUGAGCGUACACGCACAAAAACCACAACAUUGACUUGCCAAGAUACCGGUCUGCUCGCAGAAGAUCCAGUUCUCACCAACGGAGCGCACAAUUG